AUGGGCCUGCUCUGGCCUGCUCGAGAGCCCGCUGCUGGGCCCGCUGCUCGACUCUCAUCUUCGUCCCGAUCCGAUCAACAGAAUCAGCUCCCCGCGCAUAAUGACAACCACUCGACCGAUCUUGGUAUUGAAGCGUCCGCCGUACAGCUUUGUAGAACGGACAGCGUGGUCAGCGCGAUGGCCCGAUGGCCGAACCGACGCUGAGCUACUGCUGAGCUCGCCCCACCACCACCUCUUCCUGCGCAGAGGCAAGUGCGCAGGCCUCGAAUCAAGCUCAAACCACUCAAGUACCGCGUUCCCAUCCGCGACUACCUCGGCACCAGAUGACCGUGUGUACCCACUGCAAGGCUCGACACUGGGAGUGCGAAAGGACGAAGUUGACCGGACACUUCAGCACGUGCUGCUCGCAGGGCAAGGUGCAGCUACCUCCCUCUCUCCGGCCCAAUCCCAACUUUCAACAGCUACUUGAAGGCUCGGAUAGCGGUCAGUUGCUCCGUCCAACGUCAUUCGUCUGUAGUAGACCCACAUGCUGAACUGUGCGACCCACCUACACAGAAGCUAAGGCAUUCCGGCGUUCCGCGAGAAUGCCCGGUCGUACAACAACGCGCUGUCGUUCACUUCGCUCGCUGCCCACGUUGACCAGACUCGACCAGGCACUCAAGGACCCCGCAUGUUUUGGGUAUUUUGUCGCCUUGUCGCCUUUACCAUCGACUCAGGCACUCUCGGCGCCCUAAUUCCUGCCGUCAAUCAGCGCCCAACCUUUGCCAAAACAUGGCUCAUCUGCCCGGCCGAGGCCACCGACACUCAACUUGGCCCCGACGGCGCAGACAGUCGCAUACAAAGAUCUACUUUGACCAAGCUCGACUCCAUGUUGGGCACCGGGACUCGCUUUGUGAGGGAGUUCGCAUCGGCCAAAGCCCGCACAGGUUGGGGUACGGCCAAAGAAUGGGUCCUGCGCCUCUGUCUAACACCUUGCCGGGACCGACGCACCCACAACCUUCCUCCGUGGAGCACGGAAAUGGCGAUGCCUAUCUGCGAUUCCGACACCAACAUGUGAGGUCGUGGACCGCAAGACCUUAAUCUUCAGGCGCACGGUGAUCAAUGUCCCGACGGUCGGCCCAAGUACCAAGUUGUUAGCUCGCUCCAUCCGUCUGCGAUGCCUCUCCGUUCCCCACUCCUAUUCCCUGCAGGAGAAGAUGACUGCCUCCCCAACAUUCCUCUUUGCAGUUCCAACCAAGCUGGGUCACCCUUCGCCGACGAAGAGGAUGAAGACGAGGAGGAAGGGGACGAAGAGAAUGGUGAUGGUGAACGUAAGCGCCUUCGGCUCUUUCUCGGAUGUUCCAUUCUGUUAAGGCGCACGCACAGACUGACAUUUAACGUUCUAACACCUAGGAUGAAGCUCAAAUCAAGGGGGUCGAGGUGGCGAGUCUCGCGUUCACAGUUAUUUGCGUACUACUUGCACAAACGCGACGAGUACUUCUCAAUCCCGCAUUGCACCCAACGUGCCUUCCUGGCGUUCGUGAUGACGGAUACUCCCACGUCGAGACCGAUCGACUCAACUUACCUCCAGUUGCAUCAAGAAAACCUCCGCCUCACCACGGGCCAAGGUAUCAUCACCUUGACCCCGGAUCAAAUUGGAUGUUCGGUGAUUUUGGGCUCAACGUUCAAGAAUAGACCGCGCGAGAACACGCAGCAUUAUCAAGAUGCGAUGGCGUGCGUCGUCAAAUAUGGAAAGCCUUCGCUGUUCAUCACGGUGACGUGCAACCCCGAAUGGCCGGCAAACAAGGUUGCACUGGGGCCGAACGACCAAGCAUGCAACCGACCGGAUCUCAUUGCACGAGUGUUUGAAGCCAAGUUGAACCGACUCUGCGACGACAUUUUUGGCAACAAGCAACGGGCAGGCUGUUUGGGCGAUGAAUGGAGAACUGUUUCUUUGCUGUACUUUGUAGUGUGUUUUCUUAGCCUCUGUUGAAAUCAUGUAGACUGUUCGAUUCUCCUGCUAUUUGAAUUUCAUCCUCUCGUUAAUUUAACGGGUUCCCACUGGUACCUCUAUAUAUAAAAAAGGUGAGUUAAGGAAUGUACCUAAAAUCACUGUUUUUAACUAAGUGGCGGCCCGGAGGGCCGCCUGUGGUGGAUGUGCCAGCAUACUGUUGGGUCUAACGCACCUGCCCGUGGUGUCCAUGUUCCGAUCAGAAGUCAUGUACAAGCUCUGUGGUACCUUUUGUAUUUUUCGCGCCAGUCGAACGAAGCUACAGCGUUCCCAGUAUUUUCCUUCACUUUUUCGUUGACCUAA